UAUUUGUGAGCGGAACAUGCUUUAUGAUUUAAAUUCAAGAUGGCGGACAAAAGUUUGCUUUUGAUUUGCGUUUUGCUACCUUCUUAUUUCGUGUUUUUUUGUAAGUUACCUCAAACAUCUGCAUUAAAAGAUGGUCAAUGUAUCAGAGAAAAGCGACAAGAAACGUCUUGGACGGAUCCCAUGGAAACCGGUUUUUUUGGAGCUGCUUCGUGUGAGACAAAUUUAGAUGGAGUACUGGACAAACAAGCAACAAAUAAUAUACCAUCACAACCUCAGAUAAUUUCAUUUUACCCAAAUAUUUAUCUAUAUAGAAAUUGUAUCACAAAUAAGCAGCAGGAAAAUUUGCUGGGGUUGGCUACAGAAAGGCUGACGAAAGAAACUGAAAGUGGGUUUUCCUCUUCUUUAUAUUUAAAAAAUAAAGAAGAUUCCAAAAUCACUAUUCUCAGAGAUAUAGCCCAGCUAGCUGGAAAGUUAUCAAACACACAAUGGAGAUUUGCAGAACCUGUCGCCUUAACCAAGUACAAAGUAGGCCAGAAAUAUUCCUUGCACUAUGAUUCUGGUUUCUUGAUGAAUCAGAGAAGAGUAAAACGGACUGCAACAUUUUUGGUUUAUUUAAAUGAUGUGAAAAGUGGAGGAGAAACAAUAUUUCCAUUGGCAACCAAUAUCAGUAGCAUCCAACUUAAAAAAGAGAAUGUUGAUAAACCUUCACUGGAUUCCAUUUGUGGGAAGGAGAACAAUAUGGUUAAAGUCUCACCAGAAGUUCUGUCUUGUCUUCUGUUUUGGAAUCAUGUUGAUGGUGAUGAUGUUGAUGCAUUGUCCUUGCAUGGGUCAUGCCCUGUGGUAAGUGGGGAAAAGUGGAUUGCACAAAUUUGGCUGCAUAAUGAACCCUGGGAGAAUGGAGAUUUCUGGCAUGAUUAAAGCCCUGUACAAACUGCGCCAGCACCUGCCUGCAUUGCUGGCCCAGAAAUGCUGACGGAGUGAUAGGCCGGAGUUAGGCCGAUGUGCAAACUGCCCCAACACAUGGCCAGCAUGUUGGUAAUAAGUUUGAUGCAUGUUUGAUGCAUGACAGAACCAAAGGCAACCCAUCAUUUUACAGCUGGAUUCCUGUUGAAUUCGGGUCUGUUUUUUACCCUGAUGUUGUAGCGGUCUCAUUUUUACGACUACGAGCAAUAAUAGGACGAUUAAAACAAUGAAUUCAAUCUGAUAAUUAGAAAGUAGCACGUGGGAUUUUGUUUUACAUGAUAUCUACAUUCCAGUUAUAUAUUGUUUUCACUACCAAAAAUUUGCGAUCUUUUUUUUUUAUUAUAGAUGCGGUAACGUUUAUUAUUUUUCAAAUGACAGCGGUAUUCGGACGCGAGCUAUUUUUUUCUAUGAAAACGAUGCAAAUGAGCCCAGCAUUGCUAGGUUCGUGUGCAAACUGCGCCGGCACAGCUUAUGCUCGAAGGACCACGAGACAAAGAAGAUGCUGGCAAAGUGUUGGCCAAAAGUUUGAACUAAAUCAAAAUUUUGACCAGCACCAACCAGCACCUCCCAUCACGGUGUUCAAACUGCGCUAACAAUGCCGCUAGGCCAACGUCUAGCCAGCAUCUCACCAGCAUUGCUGGUGAAUUCUUGCUCGACUGACCACAAGACAAAGGAAAUGUCAUUUCUCAUUUUGACAUUUCCAAGCGAAAGUUCGCCAGCAGUGCUGGCAGGUGCUGGCCCAGAUGUGGGAUUAAUGUAAUGUAAUGUUGUGGACCAAAACAGUACUAAUUUACCUUGAUUUUUUUUUAAUCAGACAUUUAUGCAAUGAAAACAAUAAAGUAGAUGUACAAUUCGUAAUCAGAAGCUGAGCUUUCAAAUCUGAGACUAAAAUAAAUUACAACAAAGAUAGAAAAUGUGCCUAUACUACAUAUGUUCUCCGACUAUGUGGGAAGAACUCCUUUAAAACUCUUAAAACUUAAAAAUCAUGAAAUAGCAACUCUUUGAUAAAUCUUUGGCUUACUGCUUUGACUCAGUAACAUAUGCUUUCAACUUACACUAUAAUAAAAUAACAUGUCAAUCAUGAAAUAAAAGUAAUCAGUG